AUGGGCAACGCCGGCUUCGGCUCCAAGCGGCGGCUGCUGCAGCAGCUGCGGCUCCUGCCCGCCCUGCUCAUCCUCCGCGCCUUCGUGCCGCACCGGCGCAGCCGCGACUACCGCGUGGUGGUGGUGGGCGCCGCCGGCGUGGGCAAGAGCACGCUGAUGCAGCGGUGGUGCGCGGCCUUCCGCGACGCCUACCUGCCGGCCCUGGCCGAGACCCGCUGCCGGCUGCUGGGCUGCAGCCACGGCGUGGCGUCCCUGCACAUCACCGACAGCGCGGACGGCCGCCGCGACCCGCGGCUGCAGCGCUUCGCCAUCGCGCGCGGCCACGCCUUCGUCCUGGUCUACUCGGUCACCAAGAGGGAGACCCUGGAGGAGCUGCGCCCCUUCUACGAGCUGAUCCGCAAGAUCAAGGGCAGCAGCCUGCACAAGUUCCCCGUCGUGCUGGUGGGCAACAAGAGCGACGAGCGGGGCCGCGAGGUGACCCGCAAGGAAGGGGCCGCCUAUGCGCUGGAGUGGCGCUGCGCCUUCGUGGAGACCUCGGCCAAGGCGGAUGUGAACGUGCAGGAGCUCUUCCACAUGCUGCUGAGCCACGAGAAGCAGCCCGCCGCCGGGCCCCGGGUGCCCCCGGGCGCGCCCCCCGCGCCCAGCACCACGGAGAAGCUGCUCGGCAAGUGCAUCGUCAUGUGAGCCCCGGGCUCCGAGGCGGGCCCUCCCCGGCAGGGAGCCCCGCGCGCGGCUCCCCUCCUGUGCGCGUCCCCGGUCGUGGUUGGUGGUGUGCGCGUGCCCGCUGUGCUUCGGACUGUAGCAACCGGACUGCCGAGAGAGGCGCCCCGUAAGAGGCUGACCUUUGUUUUUCCCAGGCGAGAGAGUGCAGGUUGUUAGGACGUUGGCAUCCCAGGGGGAGAACGGAAAGGCCGUCGCACAUCUAAAAUGAGACCGUUUGUAAUAAGUUAAUUCAGAGAAAAUGUCUCAAGGAAAUUGAAAGAUGAAUUGAAAGUUGCCCUUUUGGUAACCCCGUUACUGUGUAUUAUGUUUAAAUAGUUCACGUCCUAUUAGGUGUUUAAUCUUUUGUCCACUGUGUACCUACUUAAGAAAUGUGUUUUCAUGGCAAAAGCUUCGGCGAAUUCCUGUGAGAUGUAUAUGCUACACAAGAAGAAAGAAUAUUCUAUGGCUGAUGACUAGGGGUGGGAGCAGAGAAAAUUGUGAAAGUGGAACUCUGUCACUAAAGAUGUGUUAGCUGUGUCCUGUGUCAUUUAAAAAUGUUUGGGUAUUCCACAUAGCAGUUUAAAAAGGUGUUAACAGUUCCUUGACUUAAUAAAGCUUUUAUUGCAUGCAA